GCGGAGACAGAGCGUUAUUUUUUUUUUCUAAUCUACUGUACAUUUUUCCCCAAACAGUUUACUGUUAGGGGUUAACAGUCUACUGUUGGUGUAAUUUUUCAAAAUGCGUUGUGGUGCGAUGUAGGAAGAGACGCACGUCAUAUUUCAGGUGCUUCCACGCAUGAUGGUGAGGCAUGACGCAUGAUCAUGACGUGCGGCUCGAGGUUUGCUUUUCGUCGCCCUUCUUUUUGCCGCUCAGCUGCUCUGUUUCGUUUGCCUGCAUUCUGAAUUACAAUGGUAUCACUGAUGUCAAGAUUGACGAGAGAUCUGUGAACAAACUCCCUCGCCUUGCAGCUUUCUGUGCAUGGCAUCCUGUAGGUUGCCUUCAGGAAAGAGACUUCCUCCUCAGUCACCUGAGGAGGCAGAUGUCAAGAGGCGUCCAGCCCAAGUGUUCGUGUACAAGACUGCUUCUCAUUGGGCGGUGGUCUUUUGUUUCGAUGAUGGAGUGAACUCUGUGGUUGAACUCACACCAAUCUAUUUAGUAGGACUGGGCCGGAUCAACUGGCGAUGCAAGACGUUGGACACUUCCAUGGAGCAGUGGUUGGCAAAAGGAGACGUACCCUACGUGCUCUGGACGAGUGGGCGUGAACUCUGGGUCAGAACUUCGCCCGAAAAAGUCCUGCAGCUUUGUAGGAGCAAUCCGUGCAAUGGUGAGAAGUACGACCUCUUGCGCCAGAACUGUGAGAGAUGGAUUCGCGCCCUUCUGGUCGAAGGUCUUGGGAUCCAUACCGAAGCACUGCCUAUCAGUCAAGGGGUCAGAGCAGUUCCCGUCGGUGUCUAUUGGGUGGCGAUGUUGGCUACUGCUUGGACAGCAGCACGAUUGGCGUUCGCAGCAGCUGCCACAACCCCGCUCGGACUUGCCUAUGCAGGUCUUGCCCUGUUCACUGUCAUUGGGUUGUUUGUGCAGACGGGCAUUUUCGAUAGUUGGAUGAGUAAGAUCGAAGAAGAUGAUGUGUCAACAGACUCUGGAUCGAUCCCUGCAGCAAAAACGUGAGCUGUUUGAGCACGGAGCCUCCUCUGCGAACUCGGUUGGAUGAAAGAGUAGCCCCCAUGGUUCCCACCAAG